AUGUUCGUUGAGCUUGCCGCCACAGCCCGUUGGGGACUUGUACCUCUGGCUGGUCGGACUGGUCACUCAGUUUCGUUUGCUGCCACCAGGGCCGGAGCACGCGAACCUCACCUGAACUUGCGACGCGCACGGGCCCUGCGCACAAAGCCAGCACCUAUCAAACUAUGCCUGGUCUCGUCAGGUGCGGCAGAAGAGGCAGGCAUGGCGCCAAGCGCUUCGGGGCUCCAUAGCAAAGGUGCCUCAAUGCACCUCGCAGGCCUGAUUCCACUGGUUCCCAACUGGUUGGUAGCGGUUCUUUACCUCUAUUUUGCAUAUCGCUUCUAUCGAGGUUUUGAGCGCACAACCUUCGACUCUUCUUCAAAGCUGAUACUCACGUUGAUCUGGCCGCUUUUGCUUAUCACAGGCUCGGGACGACGCAACUUGCAACGGGCUCUCCGCGGCGACGACACGUAG